UACAUCUGAGAUGGGCGGAGAGCUGAGGACGUUUCCUCUGAGCCUGGAAGCUCUCAAUGACAGAGACCGACCGACAGAGCAACAUGACACACUCUGUCAGCUUUAUAUGGAUUUUAUUCUCCUUAUGGGGUAUAAUUGCGGGUAAUGUAGGGAAACUGCCACAUGUGAUAAAGUACCACACAGCAACACCUCAGAGGCUGCAGGGUUGGUCCCUUUCAAACGAUGAUGCUGCUGCUGCUUCAAACAAGAAAUACCCAGAUGUAGUUCAGUACUCAGUGAACAUCACUGGAAAAAAACACACUCUGCACCUGGAGAAGAACAAAGAUCUUGUUGGGAAAAACUAUACUGUGACCUACUAUUCUGAUCAGGGUACCCAAGUUUCAACUCCCUCCGAUCAAGAGGUCCAGUGCUACUACCAUGGACAUGUUGUGGGAGUGGAGAACUCCUCCAUCAGCAUUGGCUUAUGCUCAGGAAUAAAGGGGUUUAUUAUUCUCCAAGAUCAGAUGUACCUCAUUGAACCUUUGCCUGGUGACGAGACAGGACACAGAGAUGAUGAUCUGCAUGCCGUCUACAACUACAAGCACCUGAGGAGGAAGAGGAGCUCCUGUUCCCAUGGAAACACAACCACUUUCUACGACCACGGAGCUCGUCCGUCUGGACUCUUCCAGCUUGGCAGCCUGAAAGGUAGAGCACUGAGCAAAGAGCAUAAAAACAAACCCAGGACUGUGGAGCUGGCAGUAGUGGUGGAUAAAACAGAGUACAAGAAGUUUGGUAGCGAGAGGGCUGUAGAGGCCAGAGUGCUUGAAGUAGCAAACCACGUGGACAAGCUGUAUCGCCCUGUGGGUGUUCGGGUCAUGUUGGUCGGUCUGCAUAUCUGGUCGUACAAAGAUGAGAUCGAGGUCAGCAACAACCCGGAGGUCACACUUGGUCGAUUUCUUGAGUGGCGUCGACGGCACCUGCUGCCGAGGACCAAACAUGACAACGCACAAUUCAUCACAGGUGUGGACUUUGACGGCUCCACUGUUGGACUAGCAAACACUAAUGCAAUGUGCACCUCAAACUCUGGAGCUGUCAACGAGGAUCAUAAUACCAAUUCAAUAGGAGUGGCUUCCACAAUAGCGCAUGAGAUGGGUCACAAUUUGGGUUUGUCCCAUGAUACAGAGAACUGUGUCUGUGGCUCCCUCACAUCAAAGACAGGCUGCAUCAUGGCUGAAAGUGUUGGCUUAGUGUAUCCCCAGCAGUUUAGCAGCUGCAGUCAACAGCAGCUCAGAAGGUUUUUGGAGGAGGUCAGCCCUGCUUGUCUGCUAGAUACUCCCUCCACUGAUCGCAUCUAUGGAGGACCAGUAUGUGGCAAUGCAUUCUUGGAGCCUGGAGAGGAAUGCGACUGUGGGACUGUGGAGGAAUGCAAGAAUCCCUGCUGCAACGCAACAACCUGCAAGUUAAACACAGGAGCUCAAUGUGCAGAAGGAGAGUGCUGCCACAAAUGCCAACUGAAGCCGACAGGCAGCAUCUGCCGACCAAAAGCCGGAGACUGUGACCUCACAGAAUACUGCACGGGCUUUUCUGCGGCCUGUCCGACUGAUGUGUUUAUCCAAAACGGCCGACCCUGCAACCGUGGAAGAGGAUACUGCUACAAUGGGAAGUGUCCCUCGAGGCAAAAUCACUGCAAGAGACUUUGGGGACCAGAGGCUGAAGUUGCCGUAGAUGCUUGUUUCUCUCAGUAUGGAACAUGCAGAAGGACUCUGUUUAAUCAAAGAUGUUCCAGUCGGGAUCAAUCUUGUGGAAAACUGUUCUGCUCUGGCGGAUGGAAGUUCCCAGUGACAUCCAGGAAGUCUUUUUACAUAGUAGGAAACAGUAUAAAUUGCAAUGAGGCAACCAUGAACCCAGAGGACAACUACCCAUCCGAUCUGGGCAUGGUGCCUACUGGUACCAAAUGUGGUAAUAAUAUGGUUUGCUACAAUCAAAAAUGUGAAGAAAUCAAAAACAUUAAAGCCUAUGGAACAAAUGACUGCUCAUCCAAAUGUAACAACCAUGGGGUAUGCAACCAUGAGAGUAAAUGUCACUGCGAUCCAGGCUGGGCCCCCCCCUUCUGUGCUGUGCAGCAAUCAGAGCUGACUCAAGAUCCAGGCCUGGCUGUUAUGAUUGUGUCAGUGGUGGUCGGCUUACUUCUGCUGCUGCUUCUUCUUAUUGGCAGUCUGAUGUGCUUCCUCAGAAAAAGGACACCAACAAAAAGGUUUCUUCCCAUGACCUCAGGACAAUCAAACCCUGUGUUUCAAUCAAGCACCAAGCGAGGCAGUUCUCGGAUCGCAACCUCACACAUCAGCCAGCCUAAAUUUGUGGAGUCGUCUGUUUCCCAGUCCUGUAGACCUCUGUUCUCUUCUGUCAAACCACAGACUGGAGGUCUGAGGCCCUGCAGAGCAGCUCCAGAGCCUCCCAAGAAAGAGCCAUCUGUGUCUAACUUAUCAAAGGUUCACCAGGUUGCAAGGACUUUAAUGCAGCCACCAAAUAUUUCAAAACUCCCAACUUAUCCUGAGACAAAGCCCCUACCACCUUCUAGACCACUACCACCACUUGCGGCAAAACCAAACACAAAGCCAAAACCUCCAAUGCCUCAUCUGAAGCCCAAGCCCUCUCCAGUCCAGUCUUCCUUGCCACAUACUCAGCUGCUUAGAGGGAGAGUUCCGCUGGUUCCCCCCAGUAGGCCAAGAUGACAGUGAGAGUAAUUUACACGGUGGUAAAUAAAGGUUCACUGGCAGAGACUAUGGAAGAGCAAAAGGAGCUUCACUGAAGACACUUAUAUGUUAAAAACAAAGACCCAAUGAGACUUCUGUUUAAUGAAACCAAGGAUGUAACAGUCUUGCUGUGGGUGACCUUUUGUACACGUCCUGCUAGUACCAGUCCUCAGCUGGUGUGCCUAAAGCAUUGUCUGAAAACCCGAACUCAAGUGCUUAACGAAUGACAAAUGGUGCUGCUGCUGUUAAGAUGAUUGAUUUAAAUGUUAAAGGGAAAUGAUUUACUGCAUUACUUCUGGGACUUUCCAGCUUAUUAUGAGGCGCCUGCACUACCAAUGUCUUUGUUUACAAAUAUCCUGGAUAUGACUAGAUUUCUUGCACAUAUUAUUCUGCUUUCAAAGGCUUGGUGGAAAUUUUAUUCUGCAUAAUUGGAUAUGUUAGUUAAUGAGAAAUCAAAAUACUGCUGCACGGUCCCUAAUUUUUCUCACCUUUGUUGGAAAAGAGGGACUUUAUAAGACCAUAAAUGUGUUUGUAAAGGGAGAUAAUCAGGUUUGUCAUGCUUCAUGUAAACUCCUUUGUUAAUACUUGAUCUAAACUCAGAGAACUUGUUAUACUGCCAAGAAUGUAAACACCCUCACAUGUUUGAUUUUUUGUUUUUUGUUUUCUUUAAUUCUGGUACUUAUUAUUUGUUUUAUAAUAAUAUGAAAGACAGAGACACUUUGGAUGAAAAGGACAAAGAAAAACUGUUAAACUCUUCAGACAGAUUUUCGCGUCAGUUUAAGCAAUUUAAGUUAAAUUUAGACUGCAUUUCCUUUUUCCCUUUAUUUAAUGUCUUUUUUAUAGGAAUUGUCUGUUUUUUUGUUUUUUUUUGCCACAACAUUGGCGGUUUUAUUGGUCAUUUUAUGUAGCUGUUUUGUACUUGUAAGCAUUUUGCAGUCUUUUAUGCAUUUUCUAUUUAUAUUUUAUGACAAGUGGUUAGCCUUUGACUAUCCUUUCAAUGCUGUUAACUGGUUGCUGUGCAUUGCUUUAAAUUUCUUUGUCCACUUUUAUGUUGAUCUACCUUUCUUUGUUGUUUUUGUUAUUUUUUUCAUCACAUCUUAGCAUUUGUUUCUCUCAUGUGGGUUUAUAUAUCACACCAUCCAUCAUUGGCAGAGACCUAGUAGCUCCACCAGUUGCUGUGUAAUGUGCUGUCCAGCACUAUCAUAGGCACUUUUAUAUGUUUGUGUGUGUCUGUAGCCGAUUUUCUCCCAAUCUGUAGUGACUUGUGUAUAUGACAUCAUGAUUGUAAUUCUUAAAUAGAUUUUUCCAAUUAUCUGCAGUUAUAAUACACAUGAAAAUAUUGUGCCUUCGUUUGUAUUUCAUUCUGUCUUGCAAUAAAUCAGCAAAACUAAA